AUGCAGAAGAAUGCCACUGGACCAGGAUACUUCUUCACUGUUUUCCUCUGUUACCUGCAGCUCCCCUACAUAUGUCAAGGAGAAUUUUUACAGAGCACUAGUGAUGGGCUGUAUUUAGAGAGUGUAUGUGAAACAGAGGCGGUGUUUGUCUGGUCUAAGGAAUCUCGACUACUGGACUUACCUGCUGGUUCUGUGCUCACUCUUCGCUCGGAGGAUGAAUCGAUGGAUCGAGCCACAUCACAUACACCACUCACAAAUGCUCAUGACAGAGUGACAGUUCAAGGUCUCUAUCCUGGACACGUCUAUCAUUUCUCUCUGAGUCUUAUACACCCCAGUGGAGCAUCUCAGACACUUGGGCCCAUUCUCAUUGUCAACACUAAGCCAAACCCUCCCCGGAACCUCAGAGUGACAGCUGUCAUGUCCAGUCAGAUUGCAGUGUCUUGGACUGCCCCUGUUUCAACCCACAAUGCUCUGUUUGAGCAAUACAUCUUGCAGUGGGUGGCUGUCGCGUCUGGAAGAGGCCAUUCCAUUCAGCUGGACAAGAACAAUCGGAGUGCUUUGAUUGGUGGGUUGAAGGCCUACAAAGCGUACAAGAUCACAGUUUUGUCAGUCACAGCUCAAGGGGUGGAGAGCUCUGAUAGUACAUCCUUGACUGUCAUCACAGCUGUAAGUCCUCCACGCAGGGUCUCAUGUGAUUCUUUGCAUAUGGAGAACAUGACAGUUUGCUGGUGGCCUCCACUUGACGACGAAGUCGAUGAAUAUUACAUCCAGCUAAACCCACAAUCAAAUCAGCUCAAAAUGAGAGAAUUCUGGGUAAACAGCUCCACCUGCAUCACUCUUACCCGGCUCAAACCAGGCGGGACAUAUGAAGUGGCCGUGGCCGCAGUGAGGGGCGGGAAUAUGAGUGCAAACGUAACCAUACAACAACCUGACUGCGUCCAGAUAGCUAUCCCAUAUGCAGCCAACACAGAUUCUGUUGAGCUCUUCGUAAGGAUGCCCAGAAAUGGUAUUUACGAUGGCAUCACCAUUACUUAUGGCAACAGUCACUCCUGGAGGCCAGUGUCCAAAGACAGCAUCAUAUUGUUAGUGGAUAAUCUAAGUCCAGGGAUGCAGUAUCACUUCCAUGUGUUUGUGACCAGCAGGGAAACGAGCAGUAAAGGUUUUGCUCUGCCACCUGUCAGGACCUGUUUGGCCACUCCUAUGCAUGUGCGUGCUGGUGUUGUGACUGACAGCUCCAUAGAGCUCCUUUGGGACAGGGCCGAGGGUGACGGCCACCAUUAUGAGGCGCUGUGUUUGAACUGCGCUGACAGUGUCAUGGUACAGAAGGUAUUGAACACUACAGCAGUAUUUAAAGAUAUGGUCGCCGGGAAACUCUGCAACUUCUCAGUUCGCACAGAGAAGGAGUCAUUCAGAGACAGCCCAGCCAUGUUCAUCGCCAUCAGAACUGCUCCCAGUUCGGUCACCUUGUUGCCACUCCAGAGGACUUCAUCAUCUCUGACCGUGCGCUGGAGGGCUGGCAGUGGGGUCUGUGACUCAUUCAUUCUGUCUAUCAGAAACUCAACCUUUAUCCUGCACACCAAUCUGAGUGAGUCUGAUGACAGAAUGCAUCGCUUUGGAAACCUGUCGCCUGGAAGCGUGUAUAUGGUUGAAGUGAGGAGUGUAAGCAAAGAGAAGAGGAGUUUACCUGCCACUCUAACUUUAAACACACUUCCAGAAGCCCCUGACGACAUCACUUUUAUUGAACAGGAAGUGAACAGUAUGUAUGUCAUUUGGACACACCCACCAGGCGGAGUGGAUGGCUACAGGAUUCGAUAUGGCCUUGCAGGUAAACUCCUACACCAGGUUGAUCUCCAUAGCAACAGUGUCAGGAUUCAUGACCUGACCCCAGGAAGUGAUUACAGCUUUGAGAUCCAGUCCUUCCUGGGGUCAGAUUUCAGCCAGACCACAUCCAAAAACAUCUCUACUCGGCCAGCAGCUGUAUGCUCUCUCUCUCUGUCUGAUGCCAAUGUCACAUCCGCUACAGUGGCCUGGGGUGCAGCCGUUGGUCAUUUUGACUUCUACAGAGUGACCGUCAGAAAUAGUUCUCAGAGUUGGACGUUAGACGUGAGUCCGCUCCUGCAAGAAGUCACUCUUAGCGGUCUGCAGGGCGGCUGCUCCUACAACACCACUGUACAACGCUAUAGAAACACACUCAGUGGCACAGCCGCCACAGUCACCAUACAUACAGUCCCUGCCAGUCCAGAGGGCCUGCGUGUUAUAAGCGUGUCACCUCGUGCUUUUACACUAUGCUGGUUGACUUCACCUGGAUGUGACACCAACUACCUGCUGCAACUGUUCCCUGACCAGGGCAAUAUCAGCAUCACUACCACACCGGACAACUACAUCCAGGCUCAAGUGUCCAGUGUAACCCCCGGUACGUCAUACACCAUCACGGUAAAUGCGGUCGCCUCUUCAGGGUUCAGUUCACCCGUCAGCAGAAUACUCAUCACCACUACUGAAUCUUUACCUGCAGCUCCCUCUAAACCUGAUGGUGAGAGAGUGGGCUCCACUGGAAUCCUGUUAUCUUGGCGGAUGCCCGUGCCCCUUGACCCUAGCAUUCACUCAUUCAUCAUUAGAUACAAGGAGGUGUGUCCAUACCCUGACCCUACCUUCACUGAGAUUACUAAGAGCCUGGACAUCCCAGAAACCCUGCUGAACACACUUACCCCUGGAGCUACAUACAACAUUAAGGUUGCAGCAGUAAACAAAGCAGGAGUGGGACCGUUUAGCCAGUCUCUGUUCUACAAAACAGCAGAGGCCUCCCCUGGUCUGGUGUCAAACCUCACAGCAUUUGCUGAGGAUUACACAUCUGUGUUGGUCACGUGGUUUCUACCUGUACGCAUUAAUGGUCUAAUCACUAAGUUUGCAGUUAAAGUCAAACAUGCUCGAACGGGCCAGGUCGUGCGCACACUGGACCUCAACGCAGAGGACAUCAUGAACGGAGCCCUGCCUCAUUGCAAUGAUGCUGCAGACAUCUUAUCUCGUGGAACUCCGAGCCCUCUGGAGUCUUCCCAGUUGACCUCUGCUGUGUUGCCAACGGUUACGCUCUCGGCCGUACCCCCCGCCUCCAUCUGGAGUGUUCCAAUUAGUGUGCGCAUUGAUGAGCUCCGCCCCUACACACCUUAUGUCUUUGAAGUCUCCGCCUUCACCAGUGACGGGGAGGGACAGAUCGCCAGUACUAUGGUCCGCAUGCCAGAGGCUGCCCCUGAGGACCCUCCGCAAAAUGUAGUUGUGAAGAACAUCACGUCUAGAUCUCUGUCUCUAUUAUGGGACUCUCCAAAGAUCAUCACAGGACGUUUCAGUUACGUGGUGCAGCUCCACGGACCUGCAGGUUUUAUUAGUGAGAACAACACACUCGAUCUGAUGAUUGUUUACAUUGGGCUGACUCCAUACACACGAUACCGCAUCAGUGUCAUGGCCAAAUCAGCAGGGGCCACAGGACCAGCAGCAGUCAUCAACAUUACAACACUGGCAGAAGCCCCCAGUGCUGUGUCUGAUCUGACAAUGGAGGCCGUCGACUCUACAUCAGUCCAUCUGUCCUGGAGAACUCCGAGUCAACCAAACGGACUGAUCACACACUAUCAGAUUCUAGUGCACCACGACAGUACACUUGUACAGGACAUCACGCUACGAGGACAGAACGGUGGAGACACUGUUGGCCGACUGCUUCGUCGCAACAUGAGGUCACUUGACAUCACCACGGCAACUGCGUUCACUCUCACUUCACAUGGAACAUUCCCCGGUUUGAACCUCGGUUUAACCAACACUGACCAAAGUAACACAGAACUGUCUUCUGACCUUCCUCUGACCCCGAGCACCCCCCACACUGCUCCACCCUGGCUCACGGUGACCCACGUCAGAACAGACGCGACUGUAGAAGUUGAGACAGAGGGCGUUACCAUGGACCCUUUGACGGAAUUCACACCUUUCACCCUAGACACAGACGGACCACAUUUAGUUAACUUAAGCCCCUCCCAGCCUCGCCGCUCAACAAGGGCGGUGGCCACAGACUCCACCCAACAGCAGACAAACCCCCCAACACGACUAGCUACCACUAUGGGAAUAGAGGUCCUACCACCCACAGAGGAGAUUGUGGACCUCUCAUCUGACCGGAUCUCAUACGUGGUGAAAAGACUGAGUCCUUUCACUGAGUACAAAUUUGGCGUGACGCCAUACAACAUCAUUGGAGAGGGUCCGUCCACACAAGUGAUAGUGAAAACGACUGAACAGGUUCCCAGCUCUGUUCAGGAUGUGUCCUAUCAGAACAUUAGCUCCACCUCUAUCCAGGUUAGCUGGGAACCGCCUCUCAACCCUAACGGCAAGAUAACUCACUACACAGUUUAUGCAAAAAAUCUCCUAAACAACCAAGAAUUACAACAAGUGACGAACACUACCAGCACAGUGCUCACAGGUCUGGAGAAGUACAGCAGUUAUAAGUUGCUUGUAGCAGCAUCUACAGCUGUUGGAGAAAGCCCUCUGACUGAAGAAGACUACUUCUUCGUUUUGACAGAAGAGGAUGUGCCAGAUUCUCCCCCUCGCGAUCUGGCCGUAGUGAAAACCACCUCCUCCACUGCCACUCUCACCUGGUCUCCGCCGGAGAAACCCAACGGCGUCAUCCUCCUGUAUGAGGUCACCUACACCAACCGCACGUUCAGCAACACGAUCAACAGCACGUCACCUAGCGCCACACUGCGCCAUCUGAAGCCAUACACACUCUACAAUGUGACGGUCCGGGCAUACACACAACAUGGCCACGGAAACCAGAUUUCUGAUCCUCUACAGAUGCUGUCAGGCGAGGACGUGCCUGGCAGCCCACCUUACGAUCUGACCUAUGAGAGCAUUGGAUCCAGCGAAGUGAAUGUGUCGUGGUCGCCCCCGCUUCUUGCAAACGGUAUCAUCUUGUUCUACAACGUGGAGUACUGGAAUGCCACUCACUCUUUGAACCAAACCACACAUGCACCUUUCGCUGUCCUGUCCAACCUGCGGAAGUAUGCACGCUACCGUGUCAGUGUGCAGGCUGCCACCAGGGUUGGUGUGGGCAACCACACGAGUGAGAUCCUGAACAUCACAACACUAGAAGACGUACCCAGUUCCCCUCCAAAAUUCCUAGUCACCAGGAAAUUGUCCGAUACCGAGGUAGAGUUGUCCUGGAAAGCUCCCGACGAGGCCAACUCUGAGAUUUUAUACUACAUAGUGAGAGUGUGGAAUCUGAGCUCUGAGUUUGUCGCGAAUGUGACAGAAACGUCAGUCGUGGUGAGUGUGGAUGGGCCGGGUCAAUAUAACGCCUCAGUUAGCAGCUGGACUCGACUCGGAGAUGGAGGGUUACUGAUUUACAUCACAUUCAGUACCAUAGAAUCAGCACCAUCUGACCCUCCACAGAAUGUAUCCUACAGGCUCCUCACACCCACAACAGUGAGUCUCAGCUGGAGUCCUCCGACCGAACCCAACGGCAUCAUCCAGUACUACACCAUUUACUACACAGACAAUUAUACUGAGUUUACACAGACAGUCCCAGGUUCAGAUCAUUGGUGGUUGCUGUCUGAUCUGAUAGCAGGACAGGAGUACAGUGUGUGGAUGAGCUCCAGCACUUCUGUUGGUGAUGGGGGAGUGUACAGCCCUCCUUUAAUCUUCACUACUCUAGAGGCGGUACCAAGUGGUCCGGUCCACAACCUCACAGCAACGAUCUACAGCUCUACAGCAGUGGUGAUCAGCUGGGAUCCUCCUCUGGAGCCCAACGGCAGAGUUUUCUACCAGCUGAGCUUGCAAGAGGCGGGCACGACCCAUCUGUCCAUCAACCGCACGCUCAACAUCACCAUCUCCAAGACGACCACAGACAACAUCUACCUCUUUACCAAGCUCAGGAAGUAUUUUCCCUACAUCAUUAAAGUGACUCCGGCAACAGGCGCAGGAUCGGCCUUAAACCACACAGCAAUGCUUUACCUGCGAACCGAUGAAGACAUUCCAAGUUCUGCUCCUUUGCCAGGAGCCAGUAGAAAUCUCUCCUGCACCUCCAUCUACGUGUCUUGGUCCCCCCCAGUUGAGGCCAAUGGCGAGAUUGUAGAUUAUGCGAUAGUUUUACAGGGUCCUGGGGCCGUCAACAGAACCAACAGCCCUGAAACACAUCUUACUCUCACAGACCUCACUCCGUUUACACCUUACAAUCUCUCCAUCGCUGCGGUCACUCGUGUAGGUGUCGGCCCAUCCGUGAUUAUUCCACUGCAUACUGAUGAAGCAGGACCAGUGUCCCCACCACGCAAUCUGAGUAUAUUUAACCACACUUCAGAUUCAGUGUGGCUUCAGUGGGAACCGAGUCUGGAGCCAAACGGAGUCGUCCAACACUAUGGAUUCAGAAUACUUGAACUGAACACACACACUUUUAGUUAUCAGAACUUGUCAGAUGCAUCCACACAAGCAGAGCUGAGUGGCUUUAGACCUCACAAUUCAUAUGAGAUCAGUGUGAGCACGUUCACCAGAGCAGGAAAUGGCGACCAGUACAGCUUACCUGUCAUAUUUACCACCAACGAAUCAGUAUCAGAUGCUGUUGGAAAUCUAAGCUGUUCUGGAUUGAAUUGGAACUCUGUGUACAUGGAAUGGGAGCCUCCAAUUCAUCCUAACGGAGAGAUUCUGCAUUACCUCAUUCGCUCUGUAGAUCGGGAAGAAGAGGCUCAUCCUCUUACACUAACACACUCAAUGGUACACACUUUCAGUGGUCUUUCACCUGACGUGUUCUACGUCAUCAGUGUGGCUGCUGUUAAUUCAGCCGGAACAGGAGAGGAGGCGAACUGUACAGCACACACUCCACCAGAGUCAGUUCCUGGUCCCCCUCAAUCACUGAUAGUAAUGGACGUUACUUCUGACAGUGUGUCUUUAAGCUGGCUGCGUCCUGCACACGUUCCUGGUCUGUUACAGGGUUAUAAUGUGGAGAUUCAGAGAUUGGCAAGACACUGUGAGAAAGAAGGAGACCUGGAGUCCUGUGUGGAGAGUGAGAUUGUGGAGUGGGUUGAAGGAGAAACCAAUGGAGUCACACUUUCCCCUCUUCUGAAGUACAGGCAGUACCAGAUCCGAGUGGUGGCAUUCACCAGGGCUGGUGCAGGAGAGCCUUCAGAGUGGAUCCACACACAGACACUCGCUGGAGACCCUGAUGCCCCACCUGGUGCCAUGUUAGUGGUUCCCUCUGCCACUGGGUUAAAGGUUGAGUGGGAUGAACCAACGGUCAUUUCAGGGCCCACCUCAUACCUCAUUGACAUCACUGCUUUGGAUAGUUCAGGAUAUAACUUUACUUUGGUGCGAUAUUCAGAGGAGAUCAGGGUGGUGGUUAUUGGGAAUCUGACUGCAUUUACUCUAUACUCUGUGACUGUUACCGCCUUCACGGGGAACCUGUCCAACGCCCGCAGAGACGGCAAAGCAUCUAAACCUGUCCUCGUCAGAACCCUGGAGGACGAACCGAAAGAUCCACCCAAAGAUGUGACAUUGACAGUGAAUCCAGAGGAAGUGACUCAUGUAUAUGUGACAUUCUCUCCACCGGAUGAACCGAAUGGAAAUAUCAGUGCAUAUCAUGCCGCCAUCUACCGCGAUGGACUACUGGACUUUUACAUCAACAGCCUGUCAGUAAUCAACAACCCUAAUAACACAAUGACAGCUGUUAUAGGUGGACUGAAGGGGGGAUUCAAUUACAGCAUACGGAUAGCUGCAGUGAAUGGAGCGGGCUUAGGGCCGAGUUCAGAGGUUCAGGUCAUGACAGGUGUGAAAGCACCACCCAAACCAACAAGGAAGCCGCGGGCUGCUCUGAACAACGCAGGUGCUGUCAUCGCCACAUCUAGAACCAUCACCGUUGAGAUGCCUGAAUGUUUCUUCACAGAUGUUCAUGGACCAAUCCAGAAAGUCCAGGUUAUUGUUUCAGAGCCAGCAGUGAUGGACUACGGUAAUUUGUCCAACUGGAAGAUUGUCUUUCUCCAUCCUACCGCUCCGUAUCUGACUGACGAGGGCUUCUCGAAUCCAGUAUGCACUGAGAGAACUGAACGCAUGAACGCAAACACUAACACAUACGUCAUAGGAGCAGACGAGGGCUGCCUGUCUGAAGAUGCUGAGACGCUCUGUAACGGACCGCUUAAACCUAAAACAUAUUAUGUAUUCAAAUUCCGGGCGACAAAUAUUCGUGGGCAGUACACAGACUCUGAAUACUCAGACAGGGUCAGAACUGCAGAUGACCAUCUGUUGACCAGGGAUGAGCAAAUCAUUCUUGGAGUUCUGUUGUCUUUUUUCCUGGCCUUGCUUUUAAUUCUGCUCAUAUACGGAUCUGUGAGGAUCCACCGGAGGCAGAAGGAAGGUGGGACGUACUCUCCACGCGAGGCUGAGAUCAUUGAGACCAAGUUCAAGCUGGAUCAGCUGAUUGCAGUGGCUGACAUGGAGCUCAAAGAGGAGAAGAUCAACCGGUAUUCUUCCUUUUUCUUUAGAAAGAAGGAGAUUUUUGUCAUCCAGCUGCUAAGUUACAGGAAAUCUCUCAAGCCAAUCAGUAAGAAAUCGUUUCUUCAGCAUGUGGAAGAUCUUUGUGCCAACGACAAUGCCAAGUUUCAGGAGGAGUUUGCGGAGUUGCCGAAGUUGCUUCAUGAUCUGGCAACGUCAGACGCCGAUCUGCCUUGGAAUCGCUCCAAGAAUCGCUUCACUAACAUUAAACCAUAUAACAAUAACAGAGUGAAGUUACUCUCUGAGCCGGGAAUGCCGGGAUCUGACUACAUCAAUGCCAGCUUUGUAUCUGGCUAUCUGUGUCCUAAUGAGUUUAUAGCCACACAGGGUCCUCUGCCGAGUACCGUCGCAGACUUCUGGAGGAUGAUUUGGGAGACGGGGACAAAAACUAUUGUCAUGCUCACGCAAUGCUUUGAGAAGGGCAGGAUCCGUUGUCAUCAGUACUGGCCGGAGGACAAUAAACCUGUAACUGUUUUUGCUGACAUCAUAAUCACUAAACUCACAGAGGAUGUGUGCCCUGAUUGGACAGUUCGAGCAAUCAGAGUGGAAAGGCAUGGUACCUACAUGAUUGUUCAUCAUUUUAACUACACGUCAUGGCCUGAACACGGUGUUCCGGAGUCCAGCUCCACACUGAUCCAGUUUGUCAAAGCAGUCCGGUCCAACAGAGGCCAUGACAACACAAACAUCGUGGUCCACUGCAGUGCUGGUGUGGGCAGGACUGGAGUGUUCAUAGCUCUGGAUCAUCUCGUUCAGCAUAUCAGGGAUCAUGACUUUGUGGAUAUAUACGGUCUGGUCGCAGAACUACGCAGCGAGAGGAUGUGCAUGGUGCAAAACCUGGCUCAGUACAUGUUUCUGCAUCAAAGCACUCUGGAUCUGCUGUCUGCUAAAGGAAACAGUCAGUCCAUCUGGUUUGUAAAUUACUCCGCUCUGGAGAAGAUGGACUCGCUGGAUGCGAUGGAGGGUGAUGUUGAAUUGGAAUGGGAGGAGACAACAAUGUAAAAAGGACAUUUGUUUCUUGUGAAUUCUUACUCUCUUUGAUGGUUGUGAGGAGACAUGGGACAAACUCAUGAAAUCCCUACACAGACGCUGGGACUCUGGAUCUCGGGGCCAACCAGUGAAGAAGAAUAUAAGAGGAAAAUACACAAUGCAGUAACAAACUUGUGUUUUCUCACCUAAACAGAUCGUCUCUGUCUCAUAACUUCUGAUUUACAUGUACCAAACACUAUCAUCCAUCAAAGUUUUCUCAAAGUUCUUACCCAACUAAAGCACCUCUUUUCUUUUAGAAUAUGCUUCACCUCAUACAUUUAGUUCAAAAUUGAACAGCCCCCAUAGUACUGAGAGUCUGUUUCCAAAGAAAGUCGAACAAGUGAUUUGGGACGAGUCAUACCGCAAACAGUUUCCUCAUUAUGGUACAUGGAUUCAGACAGGUCCCAAGCAUCUUGCGUCUACUGUUACACAACUUUACUAUGUUUAGAAUAUUGGUGUAAUGAGUAAGCUGUAAUGAACAUUUGGAACUAAGGCAAUCAUAAGAAACAAGGAUUUCUAGGGUGCUUGUCUUUGUAAAGCUGCUUUGAUGACAUUUAAAGUGAUAUCUUCAUUUAUAAAGCUAUAGAUGUGUUUUAUCGGAGAGGAUCAACUUCUAUUAAAUACUACAGUUUCUUAUUUUUUUGAUGGUAAAAUAUUUUCUCCUAUCCAGUUGAAUGUGCAGAGACAACUUUAAGCCACUGGUAGAGUGAUUUCCUGAAGAGUCUAAAGUGGUUCUGUGACACUUUCAAAACAUUGCUCUAUUUGUUUGAGCAGUCCGACAUCAGCCUCUGGCUCAGCCAAUGGCGUGAGUUUGGGGCGGGACUACUAAUCUGUCCAAACAUGGACAGAUGGGAAAUUUCUGAAGCCUGUUUGGAAAGUCAUCAUUUUGCAAUUCAGUUAGGUGCUGCUAGUGGCACAGAAAUUACGCACUUAACCUUUGAUAAGAUUGAAGAAGCAUUAAUGUAUAAUAAUGUAUUUAAUAUAUAAUCAAAUAGAAUUGCAGUAGUUUACCCCUCUUUAUAGUCAUUCUUUUUCUUCACCCACUAUGCAUGACAAUGUCUGGUCCUAUUUGUACAAUAGUCUAGAUAGUUUGAGAGAUCUGACAUGUAUGGGAAUUUACCUGCAGUGCGAAAAAUGCACUGAUGCCCUUCACACACAAGUUAUGGCUAUCCAGUGGUGCUCUCCCAUUUAUUCAGUCUAUAUGUUAUUUGUUUGAUAGCCAUCUGUUUCAGAAAUGAACGAGAAACACCUUCCAUAACCUUAUCCCUAAAGUUAGAGCAUAACAAGUUUAUGUAUACAUUUUAUGUAAAUUAAAAUAUAAAUUAUUACCUGUUAAGUCAUUAUUGUCUUUUAGUGCUUUUUUCACUCAUUUGUGUAACAGGUAGGGAGUGAGAGGAAACAUAUGUCAUCUCACACAUUUCUAAAAAAAAAAAUAGUCAGAAAUCGCUUUGAUUUAUCUUCAGUUAUUAUUAAGCCAAAUGAGUUACUACAUCAGAUGUCAUUCAUUUUUCUUGUGUGAAGAUAUGAACAUCAACAGUACUGGUGUUUUGAAAUAAAUCUUCUGAAGAUGUUUGUGGAUUGUUUUUGAGUUGUCUUGCAGCUGCUUUAAGGGUCAUUCCUACAAUUCGUUGCCUUUUAAGACCCCAUUGCAAGUUGUGGUAUAUUUAUAAUGUUUAAUUGUACUCAGUUACAACUUUUAUAGGUUUUGUUAAAAUAAUGAAGACUACCUAUAGUG